CGCCUGGUGGGCGGCAAGGACUUCAGCGCCCCGCUCGCCAUCUCGCGGAUUAAUCCUGGGAGUAAGGCAGCCAUGGCUAACCUCUGCCCAGGAGAUAUUAUUCUGGCAAUUAAUGGAGAGAGCACAGAAAACAUGACUCAUCUAGAGGCACAGAACAAGAUCAAAGCAUCUAUGGACCAACUGUUGCUAUCUGUGAACAGAGCUGAAGCCAAGGCCUGGUCCCCCACCAUUCUAGAAGAUGGAAAAGCACAAGCUUACAGGGUCAAUGUAGAGGCUGAACCACAGGAUAAUGGACCUGUUCAGAGCAAAAGGCCAGUGCCUCACACUGCUGGAGGGAGCCCGACUGACAGCAAACAGAUGUUGAACUUACAGUACAAUAAUCCAACACGACUCUAUGCCAAUAACAAUGCUGAGUCCAGUUUGCCAGCACAGCUGAGUGGGCUCCAUAUUGCUGCUUCCCAAAGUGCCGACCCUUUGAGAUCUCUUCCACGGAGCAGAAAUGGGAUCGACAUGGAGUCAGAUGUGUAUAAGAUGCUUCAAGAUUAUGAAAAGCCGGUCUCAGAGCCUAAGCAGUCUGGAUCUUUCCGAUAUUUGCAAGGCAUGUUAGAAGCCGGGGAGAAUGGUGAAAAACACGACAGGCUGGCCGGCCCUCGAAACAUCAAAUCGCCGGUAUCAAAACUUGGCGGUGCCAUGUCUGGAUUGCAGAUGCUUCCCGAGUGUACCCGAUGUGGAAACGGGAUUGUAGGGACGAUCGUCAAAGCCCGGGACAAGCUCUACCACCCAGAAUGCUUCAUGUGCGAUGACUGUGGCCUAAACCUGAAGCAUAGGGGGUAUUUCUUCAUUGAGGAGCAGCUGUACUGCGAAACGCAUGCAAAGGAAAGGGUUAAGCCCCCGGAAGGCUAUGACGUGGUAGCUGUUUAUCCAAAUGCUAAAGUUGAACUUGUCUAAACCCAUACUCUAUUCCUGGAGAGGUCAGAAGGUGGCUCGCCCACCCACACGCAUGGCGCUAGUUUUAAAAUAUGGCUGUAAUCAACUCUGAUGACUGGAGUCUCAGUAAAAUGCCUUUUUAUAGAUAAAACGGUUUACACUAGGGAUCUCCAAGGGAUGGUGUUGAAAGCGUAUGAGCAGGUUUUUUCCUUCCUUUUGACACUCUGCUUUGGGGUUUUUAGUUCCUGCCAUAGCUUUGUCCAAGAUCUGUGUAAAUAUUGAUUAAUUUUCUACUUUGUUUCAUAUAAAACCAGUAUUCUUUUUUUUUUCCCCUCUUCAUUUUAAAAUGUAAGGAAAACAUUUUAAAAAACGCAAAAGGAAAUAAGGCACUUUAAGAAAAAAACCAGACUUUUAUUGCAUUGCUUUCAUUUCAUACCUUUCAGUAAUACAUGCCGCUGCAGCUUUCAGAGUGAUAAAAGAUUGAAGCCAUGUGGAAACUAAGCACAGUAACUGCAAUGUAGCAUUGAUGAUGGAGUGAAAGAGUCUCUAAGCUAAAUCUGAUCUCACAUAGAGGUGACUGUGGAAAAAAAAGAUAUUUAAAAUAGUAACGCAUUAAAUCGCGUUUAAAUCGCAUAGCCUUACUCUAGGUCUACAAGCCUCCUCUGACUUUUUAUCAAAGAGAAUUAACCUUCACACUUGGCACCUCCAAUCCAUAGCGUGGUUUUUUCCUUCUGUUUUUGGUUUUGUUAUAGCUCUGUUCCUAAUACCCUCUGUCAUCCGGCACUCUCUGACUCCACAUCCCCAAGGGGUGCCCAAUUUCUAAGUGUCUGGAGCCACAGUAGAGCAAGCCACAGGCCCCCUGAGCCAUGUGCAGCCCAUGGGCCAGUGUCAGACAUCCCUGCCCUAGGGCACUGUGUGCACCUAUACAUGUGACAGAGCUGUGCUCUGACUCAUCCUAAUUAGCACACAUCAGAGCAAACUCGAUUAAUUGAGCCUGCUGUGAGUCUUCUGGAGCGUGCUAAUUAGUGUGCUCCAGCAGCCUCCAUGUCAUGUGUAUCCAGCGUCCCGUGUAUUCAGCAUCGAACGAGCUCUAGUUAAAGUGCUCCCGCCACCAUUUUGAAGCGUGGGGCACUGAAUACAUGUGAUACUGUGGGCACUUUAAUUAGAGCGGCUCUAAGAACUGUCCUAAUUAAAGCGUCCCUCCCUCCAACCCAGAGCGUGUGUAUAGAUGCCCUGUGGAAACAGCAGCAUUAAAAUAGUCCUGGGGCCACCUGGCUUAGUCCUAAACUGUUUUUUGGUGUUCAAGUUUCUGAUUUCUCUGUUCUCCCUCCAUUAAAGUUAUUCCUGCUUUGUCCAUGAUGGACCUGAUCUAGCUUUGGUUAUAUUUUUAGCUGUCUUUAGAAUUAUACAUCACCCUCUGUGCCUUUUGUUACCAGUUCAGUAAAACUAAGCAGCUUAGACACUGUUUUCCUGUAUGAAGUUCACCUCCCUGCUACUGAUCUCCCAUGAGAAGAGGCAGUAGGCAGAUGCUGUUACAAUAAUUACUGUGUUCUAGGCCGCAGGUGUGACGUUGCACUCCAGACAGUGCUAUAGUGCCUGCCAUGGGAAAGUGGUGCCUCCGUGUCCCCUUCCCUCCCAGUGUAGUCACCAGGAGACAGGCUGCUUAGUGAGGAUUUGAACUGUACAAACAGCCUAAAAACAGAAAGGAAAAAAAAUCACCUAUUUGCAUCGAAGUCAGGGUUAAAGUGCACACUGCUACAGUUCCUGUACCCUGUUCAGAGAGCUGGUUUCUUCCUCCUGCUUAAAAAGCAGCAAACAGGAACUGUGAGGGAAGCAGGAACUCGCCCUCGGCCGUCCAUCUGACUCCAAGUAAAGCCUUCAGUGCAAGCUGAUGAGUUGGCUUUAGGAGCAGAUGUCCUUUGCUCACUCUCUAGAAAAGAAUGCACAGCGAAACCUCUGAAAAAGAUAUCAUUGCUUGGGACUAUUUCUACUGAACCACAGUCACCUCCUUUCCCUAACCCACGCACCUGGGCCAGCUGUAUUGUGAAAAAAGAAAUGUGUCCCACUUGCAUUAUAGUUGCCCCUUCUCUGCAGACUGAAAAGAAUAUUAAUAGGACAUCUGGGCAGCUGCUCUUUCUUAUGCUGGUUUUGCAUGGAAAGAGUCUGAGAAAAGGGAAAAAAGAAAGGGCACAAAUAUUAUUGAGGCCAGUGCUGGGCAUGGAAGUCACCUACUGAAAGAUUCUUCUGCCAAGUGCUGCAGCUCACAGGGAGGGCUUCAAAAUAUCAGAUUUGCUAUUGCGUUUGAAGUUGUGGGCCUCAGAGAGCAGGAUUGCUCUGUGUCCCACUUUUGGUAGGUCGAUUUAUGCUGGGAAGAGCAAAUGGCAAAAGAAUAUAAUGGAAACUGCUAAUGUUGCAGCCGUAGGGUUUAGGAUUUUUCAGUACUGAAUGUCCUUGUCGAGCUGGCAGGGUUUAUCACAAGUUUGUGCUGGGAAAUCAUGAAUCCAAAGAGCAGCUGCACUGAAGAGCUCAGUAUUUAGUAAAUGUAAGGAUGCCACUUCUCUUUGUGUGCGUGCCUAGCUCUUUUGGCAGCAGGGCAAGGCAUUUCUCUGCAGGAGAAAGGCCUGCUGUGCACAUUCCAGCUAACAAUAAUGUAUCACAAUUCCCUCCAGUGAUGAGGGCUUCUAAUUAUUAAAGUGCAGCUAAUGCACAAAGGCUGUCAUACAAUCGAGUCUCUUCUUUUUCCCCCUUGCAUAUCAUUAGACUUGGUUAAUGGUUUGGACCAUUUAAGCAUAAAUACUUUGGACAACUGUAAAUGAUUAGGGGGUUAGCAGUAUUCAAGUAUAAAAUAUUAUUGCUCUGUGUUUGAGGCCAGUACUGGGAAUGUAUUAUUUUGCAAUUGUCAUUAACAUUCACUUGGACUUUUUUAUUAGCCUUGUAUGUUCCUGGGUCAAGCUUAAU